AUGGGUAAUUGUUGUCCAAAGGGCAAUGUAAAUUCUGAGAGAAGCUCUGUUGCCAACGUUUUAGUAGAGGAAGUGGAAUAGACCAAGAUGAAAGCCACCUAACCUAUGCAAACUAGCCCAAAUUUAGCCUCAACUAGCAACGCAUUGACAGUACAAAAACCAAAAGGUUAAGUAAAUAGGGAGGACUUUAUUAAAAUCGAUAAGUUGGGAUAUGGAGCUUUUGGAGUGGUUUAUAAGGUGAGAUAGAAAAAGACGAAUAAAAUAUAUGCAAUGAAAUAAAUAGAGAAGGAGAGGAUAUUCAAAAACAAGUUACAAAACAAUACUGUUUUAGAACGAAAUGUUUUAAAGUAAAGUAAGCACCCUUUUAUUGUCCGUUUAAAAUACGCAUUUCAAACAAAUUCCCAUAUAUAUUUUAUUAUGGAAUACAUUGCAGGAGGAGAGUUCUAUAGGAUUCUGGGUCAGGUGAAGACAGGGUUGCCGGAGAAUGUUGUAAAAUUUGUGGCAGCAGAGGUAGUGUUGGCACUUGAAUACUUGAAUACAAAAUUAAAAGUGAUAUAUAGAGAUUUAAAACCAGAGAAUUUGUUACUAACAACAACUGGACAUGUGAAGUUGACUGAUUUUGGAUUGGCAACAAUGAGAAGAGAAAAUGGAGAGAAAUCAUACACUGUUGCUGGGACUGCAGAAUAUCUUGCACCAGAAAUAGUGAACAAGUCAGGACAUUCAUAUGAAGUAGAUAUCUGGACUUUGGGAAUAAUGAUUUAUGAGAUGAUCAAUGGUUUCACACCUUUUCGGGAUUCAAACAAUGACUUCAAGAUGAUUUCACAAAACAUUAUUGAAAAUCGACCUGUGUAUCCUGAAAAGAUGUCCUCACAAAGUGUAGAUUUGAUUAAACAGAUCUUGCAGACUAAUCCAUCAGAGAGAUUAGGAGUGAAGGGAGAUGGAUAUGCUGAAUUAAAACGACAUCCAUUUUUUAAUGGUAUCAUUUGGGAUCAAUUGUCAAAUUUGAAAGUGACAUCUCCUCUGAAAACAUUUGCUGAGAGAAAUACUCAGAAAAUGGAUAAAUAACCAUAGAAUUUUCAAAAUACCCCUUGUAAUCCAUAGAGUCCAAAACUAAAAAUUGAUGGAAUAACUUUUGAAGGAGAAGGUGGUACCUUAUCUUCAUAUUUUUGA